UUUAACAUCGACCCCGCGAUCGACAUGCGCGCGCACACUGAUUUAUGCCGAUUUCGGAACUGAUGAGACGAUGAUCCCGUGAAGACUCGACAUCUUAUUUUGAUUGCUAGAAAUGCAGCAGCAAUCCCACAAGAACGACAACAGCAACUACGAUUAUCUCUCUCCUUUGCUGCUUUCUUAACAGGAUCCGGUGUCGGCACCCUCACCGUUCCUAGAUCUUCGUCUAUCCUAUCGUCACAGCUGGAAGAUCAUGAAACGGGGUACCGCUUGGGUUCUGUUAGUCCUCUUCGUCUUCGUUUUCGUUGCCGCAUCUCGCGUUUCAGCUAAGGACCUUUUCGUCGAAGAUGAUGAUGCGGAGUCAACUGGAUCCAUUAUAGAUCUGGGCCGGCGUAGUAAGGUUGUUGUGGCCAAACUCAAGAACAAUGUCAUAGGUGACAAAAUUGAUCCCAAAGCUGUACUCAAUUUGGAUUCUGGACUUGGAGUCUUUGAUGCAUUCUUUGCUAGUUUGUCAAUGAUCCUUGUCAGUGAGAUUGGAGAUGAGACUUUCAUAAUAGCAGCUCUUAUGGCAAUGCGUCAUCCCAAGUCCAUUGUUCUGUCUGGUGCACUCAGUGCGUUAUUUGUAAUGACGAUACUUUCUACAGGACUUGGUAGGAUUGUUCCAAAUCUGAUAUCAAGGAAGCAUACAAACAGUGCCGCUACAGUUCUUUAUGCCUUUUUUGGGUUGCGGUUGCUCUAUAUUGCUUGGAGAUCAGAUUCAAAAGCAUCGCAGAAGAAGGAGAUGGAAGAAGUGGAAGAAAAACUCGAGUCCGGACAAGGGAAAACAGCCGUCCGCCGAUUCUUUUCUAGGUUCUGUACCCCUAUAUUCUUGGAGUCAUUUAUUUUGACUUUUUUAGCAGAGUGGGGGGAUCGGAGCCAGAUAGCGACGAUAGCUCUAGCAACACAUAAAAAUGCAGUGGGGGUUGCCAUUGGGGCUACACUCGGUCACACUAUUUGUACAUCGGUUGCAGUGAUUGGGGGAAGCAUGCUUGCUUCCAAGAUCUCACAACGCACGGUUGCAACAGUCGGAGGUUUGCUAUUCCUUGGCUUUUCUGUUUCGUCCUACUUCUAUCCUCCUCUAUAACCACCCAUGCCCAAAAUCCAUCAUUUAGGACCAGCAGUUUGUCAAUAUGUUAUCUCCGAAACUGUAACAACCAUAGUUUUCCUUUCUUGUAUGUAAACUAUACUUUGAUGGCUUUUCUGCCCAACCAACGACAAUGGUGUCGAUAUUCUUUCUUGGUAGCAUUUAUAAAUUAUGCACAAAAUCAUUUUUACUUUUGGAAUC